CAAAGUGCAAACAGAAGUACUUGUAUAUCUUUUUCCAAAGUGAAGCAGCAAGCUCAACAAACUCUACAAUGGCAGGCGCCAUAACCAUACCCACAACUCACACCCUCCGACUCAUAAACCCACGCUCACAUUCAUGGCUCCUCAAUCUCCGCCACAUCUCACCGCCGUCAUUUUCUCUCUCCACCGCCACCUCCGCCGCAUCUCUCUCUCCUGCCCCCUCCACUGCAGAAGAAGAAGAUUCCGACCACCACAAUUCAACCCCAUCAGACACUCCUCCAAAACCCAGCAAUAAAAGCGCACCGUUUUACCCCAAAAGAGGGCAGACCCUUGAGUUAGUAUGCGACACAUUGGCGUUUAAAGGGAAAGGUGUUUGCAAAGUUCCUGAAACUGGGUUUGUUCUUAUGUGUGACCGUGCUCUUCCGGGUGAACGCUUCUUGGGCCGGGUUACCCGUAAAAGGGGUAGUUAUGCGGAGGUGGCAAAAUUAAAAACAUUAUCGCCCCACCAGGAUGCCGUGGAUGCUCCUUGUGAAUAUGCUUCAUAUUGUGGAGGCUGUAAGACUCAGAGUCUGUCGUACGAAGCCCAAAUAAAAUAUAAAGAACAACAAGUUCGGGAGUUGAUGAUACAUGUUGGGAAGUUUUCUGAUGAACAACCUGAUUGUCUCAGCAUUAUGAAGCCCAUUGUUCCUUGUGCAAAUCAGUUUCAUUAUAGAAACAAGAUGGAGUUCUCAUUUAGCAAUAGAAGAUGGAUACCUCAAGAACUUUGGGAAGAAGAGCAAGGUAGUGGGAACGAGUAUGCCCUUGGACUUCAUGCUCCUGGAUUUUUUGACAAGGUUCUCAAUGUUGACAAGUGCCUGUUACAAAGCGAACCUGGCAAUGCGGUUCUCUUGGCAGUUCAAGAUUGCUGGAGAGAUGAGAGCUUAGGCCUUUCUCCUUACAAUGUUCACUCCCAUGCUGGAUUUCUCAAGCAUCUAGUGAUAAGAACUGGCAGGGAUGUCCAAACUGGUAAGCCUGAAAUUAUGGUCAAUUUUGUUACUUCUGCGUACAAGCCGGAGCUAUUACAGACUCUAGUUGAGAAAGUUUCAGCCAUCACUGAAGUGGCCAGCAUUGUGAACAACAUAAAUACCUCAGUUGGGAGCACUUCAAUUGGGGAGGAGGAACAUGUAUUGUAUGGGAAACCUAUUAUUGCAGAAGUAUUGAGAGGGCUGACGUUUCAGAUUUCAGCCAACUCAUUCUUCCAGACAAAUACACAGCAGGCGGAAGUUCUCUAUGAAUUAAUUGAAGAUGCUGCUAGUCUCAAAGGAGACGGCUCAGAGAUUGUGCUGGAUUUGUUUUGCGGAACAGGCACCAUUGGUCUCACACUUGCCAGAAGAGCCAAGCAUGUGUAUGGCUAUGAAGUAGUUGCUCAAUCCAUCGCAGAUGCUCACCAAAAUGCUGACCUGAAUGGCAUCUGUAAUGCUACGUUUGUCCAAGGAGAUCUUAAUAAAAUUGAUGAGAACUUUGGAAAGAAUUUCCCGAGGCCUGAUGUAGUGAUAUCAGAUCCAAACCGUCCGGGAAUGCACAUGAAGUUGAUCAAGUUUCUUUUAAAGUUGAAAGCCCCUCGAAUUGUCUAUGUUUCCUGCAAUCCUGCCACAUGCGCUCGUGACCUUGACUACCUGUGUCAUGGCUCGGUGGAGCAAAAUAUAAAAGGAUGCUACCAAUUAAAGAGCAUCCAACCUGUAGACAUGUUCCCUCACACGCCACACAUUGAGUGUGUUUGCUUGCUGGAUCUCAUUGACUAAUUGUUCAGACUUCAGACUAUUUGCAUUAAGGGUCAUUUCUCAUAUGAAUGAAAGGCCAAAAUAUCCUUGUUCAAUCUGUUGCUGUUUCUAAGAACUCAACAACGUCUGGAGGUCCAAUGCUUGUACAGCUACAAGCAGAAGGUUGUCCUCAACUGCGUCGCAGAAAAUAUUUUAUUUUACAGAGGAAUGAAUUACUGAUGUUUCCACCGGUUAGUAGUCGUUCAUUACUUUUUUGCUGCCAAUAUUACAGUCAUAUAACGCACCAGCACAGAAAAUAUUACCAAUUCAUGUAUAUUGAUGGAUCUGGAUACGGGUUCUUACAGAAAUUAUAUUUUGCUUUUGAAAUUGUCCUGAAGGUUUCAUGCUACCUUGGCAAUUUGGACUUGCAAUUUUUGAAGUAGUUUCUUCCAGGGUAGAAGAGUAAUCAGAUUGUAUACAAGUACUAGUAUGUUUAUCAAUGAAAUAAUACAACUUGUGAUUAUUUUGACAUUCAA